CUUGGUACUUCUCACCCCUGGAUCUGAGCUCUGGGGUCAGUAGACUAGUAGAGUGUAAUCCACAAAAUCCUAGUCCUAUCUUUCCCAACAAUUUUCUCCAGAUUCUCUCUCCUUUCUCUUCUAGCAACUCCCUUCUCUUACUACACCGUACCGAUCGUUACUGAAGACCAGAGAAAAAUGGGCGGAGGAAUGGAAACUAACAAGAAUAAGUGGAUCGAGGAAUGGUCAUCCGCGAGGGAGAAUUUGGAGCACAACUUCAGGUGGACGAGGCGUAACUUUGCCCUUGUUGGCCUCUUUGGAAUCGCCUUGCCUAUCUUCGUCUACAAGGGAAUCGUCAAAGAAUUCCAUAUGCAAGAUGAAGACUGGGGCAGGCCACACAAGAAAUUCUUGUGAGUGUCGGAUCUUUGUGUAAUGCUUUUUGGGAGAACCAGAAGCAUGUUUUCAUCGCAUUCCGCCAGGGUGUGAAAUUUCUUGUCUAUUUACUUUUAAUAAUGCCGACAUCGUUCCAAGACCUGCAUUUGUGUGACCAUCUAAUAAGAUUAUGUUCUAUAAUAACAACUUCUCAGUAUUUGUACUGCAUGGUGUGGUUCUAUGGCAAUAGCUUUAGGACUUGUUAAUUGAGUGAAAGGAAUAUGGAUUUUGAUAUCUCCGAUAUCAAAAUCUCUUUUGUGGUGUACGUUUGGUGUGAAGUCUGAACAAGGUUAGAGUUUAAUAUCUCUUGAGUCUUGAUAUCACACCUCUUUUGUAGUCUUUUUUUGAAGUCUAAACAAGGUUGAGGUUUGAUAUUUUCUAGUAUAACAACUCUUGAUAUCUUGAAUUUGGGAGAUAUCAAUUUAUGGUGUUUUGA